GCCUUCCGCAUGUUGUCACAGCUCUGGACUGUAAUUAAUGUUAGUGACAAGCUGUUAAUCUUGUAAAGUUGUUGGUGGUGACUGACUGUUUAACAUUGUUGAGAUCCAGGAGUCACAUUGUUGGACUUUUCCCCUGCUGCUUGGCUUGGUUUGAUGUUCUGCUGUGAUACCAUGAGGACAUGGAUGAUUAGUUCACUGAUUGUAUGUGUUUUCUCGCUGCAUGUUAGUGGACUCCAACAAAAAGACACUCAAGCUGGUUGUAGCACAACUCCAAAUGACCUGGCGUACAUCAUCGAUGGCUCCUCAAGCUUAGGAGUUCCCAACUUUGAAACAGCCAAGCGCUGGCUCAUCAACAUAACCAAUGGCUUUGACGUGAGCACCAGGCACACUCAGGUGGCGGUUGUCCAAUACAGCGACACACCUCGACUAGAGAUUCCCCUGGGAAAGCACCAGAAUAGUCAAGAACUGGUUGAGGCCAUCGCCUCCAUUCCAUAUCUAAAAGGGAACACACGGACCGGCCGCGCCAUCAAGUUUGCCUCAGACCAUGUCUUUGGGAUGCCGAACCACACCCUCCAGUCUGCCAGGAACCGUAUUGCUGUGGUUCUCACGGAUGGGCGUUCACAAGAUGAUGUUGAGGAUGCAGCCAUGGAGGCCAGGAUGCAGAAUAUUGUUUUGUUUGCAGUUGGUGUGGGAAAUGAGAUCACCAACACUGAGUUAGUGUCCAUGGCUAACAAGCCAUCAUCUACUUAUGUGCUACAUGUGGAAGACUACAACUCUAUUGGAUCCAUUUGGGACUUGAUGGAGCAGAAACUGUGUGAGGAGUCGGUGUGUCCGAAGCGGAUCUCUGGGACAGUGAACGAUCAGAAGGGAUUUGAUCUAAUGAGCAUGAUGAGAAUAGAGAAGGUGGCUCAAAAGGUUCAGGGUUCUUUGAUAUCAGAGAGAGCAUCACUGCUCAGUCCUCGUCUGGACAUCACUCACAACACCAGUGAGAUAUUUCCAGAAGGCCUCCCUCCAGCCUAUGUGUUUGUCACCACACUGCGCUUGAAGAACCCAUCUCACCGAAUGAAGUUUGACCUUUUGAGGGUGUUGUCUCAGGACGGGGUCAAACAGGUUGCGGUGACCAUUAACGGAGCAGACAAAUCAGUCACCUUCACCUCCACCAGCACCUUGAAGACAGAGCAGACAGUCAUAUUUAAUGACAGAGGCAUCAAGAGGCUCUUUGACACAGACUGGCACCAGUUGAAGUUCCUGGUGAAACCCAAACGCAUUACUUGUUUCGUAGACGGCAUGUAUGUGGAGAAGCAGCUCUUAGAUCCAGUGGUUCCCAUCUACAUUAACGGAAAGACCCAGGUGGCCAAGAAAGUCAAAAUAGAGACAACAGUCCCUAUUGUGCUACAGAAAUUACGACUUUACUGUGACCCUCUACAGAGCGAGCGAGAAACGGCAUGUGAAAUUUACUCUGUGGAUGAUGAAAGGUGUCCUAUGGCGCGAUCUCCUGCUGUAGAUGGUUGUGACUGUCCGAGUGGUAAGCCAGGCCUGCCUGGCCUACCAGGGCCUAUGGGUUUCCGAGGGGAGAAAGGCAGAGAGGGACCACCUGGACCUGACGGGAAACCCGGGAAGCCAGGAGAGAAGGGAGCAUCUGGAGGGCCUAGUCGAGAUGGACUGAAAGGCGAAGCAGGCGAACCAGGAAAAAAAGGGGAGAGGGGAUUGGACGGACCCAAAGGAGAAAUGGGACCACCAGGGCCGCCGGGACCAUCAGUACCCAUAGGCCCUGAAUUUUCCAAAUUGGAAUUAGGUGACUUUGGAAUGCAAGGAACCAAGGGAAUCCCAGGAGAACAUGGCGAAAUGGGACCACCCGGAAAACCUGGACCGAUUGGUGAAAGUGGGGUACCUGGUCUACCUGGGCUUGCUGGCCCCAAGGGAGAGAAAGGAGAUGAUGGUGCGGCAGGAUCGGAUGGAGAACCUGGAAUUCCUGGUAUACAAGGGUUUCCUGGGGAGAUGGGCCCUGCUGGACCUCAAGGCGAGCGUGGUGUGGGAGGACCAGUUGGUUUCACUGGACCAAUGGGACAGCAGGGUCCGUCUGGCCCGGCUGGCCCACCUGGCAUAGAAGGUCCUCCUGGUCCAAAGGGUAAUUCUGGGGCCCGUGGACAAAAUGGGCUUCCUGGACAACCUGGUCUUAAAGGUUCAGAGGGAGAGCCUGGCAUUCAAGGUCCCCCUGGCAUUAGAGGCCUACCAGGUUUUAAGGGUCAAAUGGGUGACUCAGGAUCAUCUGGACCAAGGGGAAGCCAGGGUGAGAAGGGCAACCAGGGAGAACCUGGAGUUUCUGGAAAACAUGGUGAACCAGGCUUUCAAGGAAACAAAGGAGAGUCAGGUGUAGCAGGGGAUCCUGGGAUCAGAGGGGCUGAUGGGAAAAGGGGAGACAUGGGUCCAUCAGGGCCACCAGGAUCUCGAGGCUUUCCGGGUCUAGAUGGGUUACCAGGGCAGCCAGGAGUUCCAGGUUACCCAGGAAAACCUGGAAAGGAACCUUCUGAGGAACAUCUUAUGAAAAUGUGUGCCUCUGUGUUACAAAACCAGCUACCACAGCUCCUGCAGGUGAUGGGCCAAAGAAGUUGCGAAAACUGUGAAACCAAACAAGGGGCACCAGGCGAUCCAGGCCCCUCCGGUCCAACAGGCCCAUCUGGACCACCAGGGUACCCUGGCAUGGUGGGAGCUCCUGGCUACCCGGGACCACCAGGGAGGAGGGGACCAGAAGGAGUUAAAGGUGAUAUUGGCCCAAUGGGUAUGAAAGGUGCCAAAGGACAGGGUGACACUGGGUUGCCAGGUCCACCUGGCCCAGCAGGUUUACAAGGCCCACGUGGAACCGAUGGUGAGGGAUAUCCUGGGCCUUCUGGUCCCCCAGGAAAACCUGGCUCUCCAGGUAUCCCAGGCAAACGUGGGCCCCCAGGAUCAAUGGGUAUUUGUGACCUGUCUUCUUGUUAUCAAGCCUACAGUUUUCACGACAACCCUUUUAGGAAAGGACCAAACUUUUAGCAUAAGAACAGUGGGAUCUUACUGAUUCUGUACAGAUUUCUCUGAGAGUUUAAAUGGACAACAAACAUUUCAGAUGCUCAGCAUUGACCUCAAGAACUUCUAACCUCUAAAGAAAGUUGUCAUGAUCUUGACUUUAAAUAUGUGAUGUGUUUUUUGUCUGAGAAUCUUAUGUUUUGUAUGUUAACAUUCCUUAUUUGAGUGAAUCUUUGUGUGUGACCCGUUUCUAAAGUGCAGUUGUGCUCAAAAGUUUGCAUACCCUUGGAGAAUUGGUAAUAUAUGUACCAUUUUUAAAGAAAACAUGAGUGAAGGUGAGCCCUGUGAAGCCAUGUUUUACAGUAAAUUUAGAACAGCUUGGGGAUGUUGUUAGGCACGACGCGGAGCAAAGAUGGUGUUUAUUCAUAAAAUAAACACCAGCAACAAAAAAUUAUAAUUAUAUAACAUAUUUAUUCCUCCGCCAAGCAAUGUAGUUACAAAGAGGUUGCCAAGCAACACAUGCAGCAACAAAGACAGUGAAGAAUGCUGCUCAACCAAUAAGAAUCAAGGGCCGUAACUAUUCACAUUUAUCUGGAUACUUAAUUGUGCAGUUGCUGAAGCUAGUAGUCCUCUUUGCUGGAUGAGGAGUUUUUAACGCUGUAAAGGUGUGCUUUAAUUGUGCAGUGCCAGAGGCAAGGAUAUUGCUCCAGCAUCGUCUCUCUUCUUAGUUUGGGCGCCAGUAAGAUUGCAGGGACGAUUCACAUUUAUGCACAGUCACUGAGAUGAUUUCUCUCGCCUCUAGGCCAGCAUCAGAAAGCUUUUGUACAGUCAUGCUUUGCAAGCAGUGGUUGGUAUAGAUUGUCUCAUUGCCAGCUGCUAUACAAAUCCAUGGCAACAUAGAACCAAGGAAGUUCACCCCCAUAGGCUCUCUAGUGUGCCUAACAUUAGGAGAGAGAUUUUUUUUUUGCCUUGUAACCUGUUGCAUUGUAGCUGUUGUCACUUACCAGCAAUUUCUUUUUUUCUUGUUACAGUGUAGAGUAAGCUUCACUGUAACAAAAAAUAUAUUGCUGGCAAAUGACAGCAUGACUACAGAAAGGUGUGCACAAUAUGCUACAAAUAAAAAUGUUUAACUUACCAUACAUCUUUGGUGUAGUUUGUCCGCUUUUGGUGGAGAUAAAAAAGCAGGUGGAUUGGCCGGCAGCAACGAGAGGUAUUUCUCCAAUGAGGCGACAGGACACAGAGGAUUCCCUGACUGCUCAAACAUAAAUCCCCGUAGGCUUUCUUUGUUUAUUUUGCUGGCAUCUUUGUGUUUUUUUGUGCAUUCGUUGAAUGACAGUGUUACGUACUUCUGACCGUUCUCAUCCUGGAGGAUGAUAAAUUAUUCUGGCUUCAGUUGGCGGUUGCCCACUUUAGCUCUGCGUCCCAUAUGCACCUGUACAUCAAACCAGAUUUGUUGACAUGACCCUCAGGUUUAUUUGGAUUCAGUGCUGCAGACUGCUUGAUUUUCUGAAAGUCUGCCUCUGUUAACGCAGGAUAGUGGAUGUUUUGUCACGUCCUUCUUGGCGAAGAUUUUUCACUACACCAACAAAAAGUUGUUGCUAGUGAUAAACUCGGGAUCUUUCAGCUGACACCAGGAUCGGCUGAUCUUGUAUCAUUUAUGUACAGAUUAAGCCCCACACGUAGGCCGACAUAACUGCUGAAACCGCAGAGUUUACCUUUCCCUUUUUUCACGGUGGCAUAAAACUGAUGGAGAGCCUGGUUUUGGUCAAUUUUGGUUAUUGUUUUAAAAUCAAUAGCCAGAUCUUUCUUGGCACAGCAAUUCUGAAAACAGCGAACAGACUGUAAAUAAAGCUCUAUUUUGGUCUCGUCACUCCAAAUUACAGUGUGCCAAAAGCUGUGAGGUGUGUCAAGGUGUUGUCGGGCAUAUUGUAACCAGGCUUUUUUGUGGCAUUGGUAUCAAGAGAUCCCUGAAUUUUCCACUUUUUAAUAAGUGAUUGAACAGUACUGACUGGCAUUUUCAAGGCUUUGGAUAUCUUUUUAUAUCCUUUUCCAUCUUUAUAAAGUUCCAUUACCUUGUUACACGGGUCUUUUGACAGUUCUUUUCUGCUCCCCAUGGCUUAGUAUCUAGCCUGCUCAGUGCAUUCACGUGAGAGCUAACAAACUCAUUGACUAUUUAUACACAGACACUAAUUGCAAUUUAACAAGCCAAAGGUGUGGGAAAUUAAACUGUAAUUGACAUUUCAUCCUGUGUGUGUCACCUUGUGUGUCUAUAACAAGGCCAAACAUUCAAGGGUAUGUAAACUUUUGAUCAAGGCCAUUUGGGCAUACAACAGUCAUAACUGUUAUCAUUAUGAUUUAAAAAGGAGCCAAACAACUAUGUGAUAAUAAAUGGCUUCAUAUGAACACUAUCCUUAAAUAAAAAAACUGAUAAUUAUUUGCAUGAUCAGUCAUAUUUUCAAAAUCAAUGGCAAAAUUUCACAAUUUCUGCCAGGGUAUGCAAACUUUUUGAGCACAACUGUAAUUGAUGUUGUUUUACACUUAAGAUCUGAACAUCAUGUCAUCUCUUUCCGAACAAUGGGGAAAGUGAACGGGGACUGGUGCUGUCAAGCUCCAAAAAUGACUAAAAAGCACUGAAAAGUAUCAUAAAAUUGGUCCAUUCAACUCAUUUGCUGUUGUCGAAGCCUUCAGAAGCAAUACGAUAGCUUUGUGUCAGGAAUAGACCAAAAUUUAAAUUGUUAUUCACUGAAAACAUUUCUCCUCCAUACUUCUAUAAUAUAAUUUGUAAUUCACAUACUUUGAAAUAUGGUGUGUCAAUUCAUUUUCAAUCUACUUUUUUGGUUGAACGAUUACACUGUACUGCCCUAGCCAAGCUACCUCUGAACAGGAUGUGAAGCAUUUGCUAUUGGCUAUACCAGGAUGUUUGUUCAAAUCUGAGAAUACUUAUGCUCAUGGGCUAUUCAUAGUCUGUUUUAUUUUAUACCAACAUUUAAAAUGUAUUUUUUAUACUCCUACAACAUUUUAAUUGUUUCAGCAUUUGGUGUAUUGUAGAAUUUUGCAGCACUCUUAAUAAGGUUUUAGUUUUGGCAUGCAAGUUUUUGACUUAAUAGAUUUGUGAAAAUGAUUACCAACUAUUUAUUUCCUAAUAUUUUUUUUAUGUAUGUUCAUUUUUAAUGCACACAGGACUUUUGCCUUUUCAUGUCUUUUAGCAAAUACUGAAUCUGAUUUAUUUUAUUAAUUCAUUCAUUUUUAAGUGC